AUGGGCAUUCGGUUUUCAGUUACAACUGAUUCGUUGGGUGACUCCUUUCAGAAUUUUGAUGGAAUAGGUUUAAAAAGACCGGCUGACUUACCUUUCCCGACUUCACAGUCUCGCAAAAAACUUGUUCAGCUACUUUUAGCUAAUCAUCACAAUUACAAUGUAUUAUGUUCUGAAGAUCGAUCUAGCCAAAACAUUUUAUCUCAUGUAUUGGUUUCUUUAUAUUACUUAGGAGCAAGUCCUGAUCAACUUUAUUCAUCAUACGAAAUGCUUGUUGAAAAUUUAAUUGAAUGGGAAGAAGAUUCUCCACAAGAAGUGACUUUGGAAGAUUGGCACGAUUUUAUUGGAAAAAAAGAAUACUCUAGAGGUUUUUUUGAUUUCUAUAAAGAAAAAAUUCAGGACGAUGAUUCAGGAAAUGAUUGGAAAAAAACUGCUCAUUAUUUUUUAACAGAAGUUUUUGAUAAAGGAAAAGGGAGUGAAGAAAUAUGUUUACUAUCAGGAAUUUUUGGAGGAUCCAUUAAUGCACUUAUUCAUUUAGGGUAUGCCGCUGAAAUCGAUAGUUGGGAACUAGCUUCGGAGGCUUUAACUCUUGCAUCAACUGAAUACUGUACCUAUGGAAUUGAUAAAAUUUUACAUAAACAAACUUUUCUUGAUAUGACUGUUGCAGAGGUUUUUUAUAAUCCAUUAGAAUUGCUGACUCAUGUUCAGAAAGACAACCGAUUUAAUUCCAUAGUAUCAAUACCCACUAUAGAUAUUGGUAUCCAAACUACGGUUGAUACAUAUCAGGAUAUCAUUAUUGAUUAUACCAAAUCUUUAAACAUUACCGCGGAUAAUAUAGAUACUGUUUUGCAAGAAUUAUUACAUAUGACAGUACUUGUUUCAUUCAAAAGUUAUAUUGACUAUGAUACUAAAAAAAACCAUGCAAAUCACAUUUCAUUGCUAGUUCAACUUUUGCCUGCCUUACAUGCAAUAAUAGAAAUUGGUACAUUAGUGACAAAUAUUCACAACCACACUAAAAAUCGUAACAAAAUUCAAAGAUUUAUUGAAAAAAAUCAGGUUGUUGUCUCCGAAAGUUGUUUCUUAACACUUGUAAAAAACUACUGGGUUUUUUUUAUCGCAGUGUAUAUUACUGUUGGGCGACCUUCAAUAGGCAAUUUACCCAUAGAAGUAACACUUAGUGAAAUGAAAGAUAAACAAACGGGGUUUCCUAACGAAGACGAAAUCUGGGGGGAAAUUAUUGCAUUGUUGCUAGAAGCAAAGCAUCCUGAAAAAGAUGAGAAGAAAUAUGAUGGUACUGUUUUUAUAAUGGUUCGCUCCCUUUUAUUUGCUAGUCGUUAUUUAUGCGGAUUCAAAUUAUCUUACUUUUAUGCCAAAUUAGCCUGGAUUAUGGCUACUGGUAAGACGGAAAAUAUUCCUUAA